CGCGGUCUUGAUGAACUGUUGAGGAGUGAGCGUCUGGAAGGGAGAGCAGGAAGAGGGAAGACAAGAAAUCAGGAAUAAAGGAGACACAGAGCAGAAGAAGAAGAAGAAGAAGUAAACAACAACAACCACAACAACAAGUAAACAGGAGAAGGAGAAGAAGAAGAAGAAGAGGAAGAGAAGGAUGGAUGGAAGCAGCUCGGCAGGAAAUCCCAGCGCUGCCUCGUCUGACCCACUUCCUGCCCACGCUAACAAGGAGACGCUUCCACCGACUGAUUGGAUCUCAGCUUCUGAGGAGGACGAUGGGCAGAGCAGAGGGUCCGAUGGUCUGCCUGGGUCCCAGAAACACCAGAGUGCUGCAGAGAAAGACCAGAAACAAGAUGAUUCUCCAACCAAACCAGAUCAACUAAAAUCUGAAAAUAGGAUUCCAAAAAACAAACUUAAUGCAGAUCAACCAGAACCCUCUCUAGCUGAGCCAGAUCAAACAAAACUAGAUCCUCUUCCUCCAGAGCAACAAAAAAUGGAAGAAACUAAAGAUUCUCCUCCUCCAGAAGAUCCACCAAAACCGGAUCAAACUUCUCCAACCGAACCAGAUCAAAAGAAUCUAAGAACUGCAAGACCUGAACAAAAACCAGAUUCUCAGGAACACAGAAUCCAGGAAGAUCUCACAAACCAGAAACCUGAAGAAGACCCUCCUCCUCCUCCUCACCUGAACACCCAGCAAGCUCCUCCUCCUCCUGCAGACCAGCAGUCUCCUCCUCAGGUUCUUCCGUCGAUAGUCCGUCCAACUGAAGCUCCAACCCUGGGUCCACCGCUCCAGGCUCCGCCCCUCACCAUUGAGGCGUUCUGUGACCAGGUACAGCCCCACCCUCCGGUUUCUUCUACAGGUGAGCCCAAACUGUGUGGCUUCCUACAGAAGCAGGGGGGGCCCCUGAGGGCCUGGAAACAGCGCUGGUUCACCUAUGAGGAGAAGAAGAACCAGCUGUUCUACUACCGCACGCCACAAGAUGUGACGCCACUCGGCCGGGUGGAGCUCUGCAGCGCCACCUUCACCUACCCACUGAAGGCCGAGAGUGGCACCUUCCACAUCAAGACGCCUGAACGCACCUUCAUCCUCAAGGCGGUGACUCAGGAGCUGAUGAUCUAUUGGCUGCAGCAGCUUCAGGUGAAACGCUGGCAGCACAGACAGACCUGUCCUGACCCAACAAACAACAACAACACUACAGACGACUUCCUGCCGGUGUUGAAGAGCCCGCUGGGUUUGGUGGGGCAGGAGGCGGCAAACGUAUCAUCACAGCGAUCGCCGCUCGCCAACAUGUCGAUCAAACAUCCGCUCAUCGAGAUCCAAAACUCUGUCCACAGUCUUCGUAAGAGAUCGUCUCAGGAGUGGAGUCAGAGUGUGUUUCAUGUAGAAGCUCCACAGUGGAUUCCCCCGAACUCUGCAGACUCCAACAACACUACAGUCCCUCCAGCAUCGAGCAUUGAGCCUCCGACCCCGCCACCUCCCAUCCCAUUGGCUGAGCCAGCAGGUCAGGUAUCCCCUGCGGAGGGCAGGGUGUCACCCUCGCUGUUUGACAGCCGGAACAGGAAGACAAAGAAUCGUGGCUCAUCCACGAUGCAGGCCCUCCGCAGAGACACUCUGUCCUCAGACCGGACGUCUCGCCUUCAGCAGGAGAAACAGAUGCUGAUGGAGGAGGUCAAAGCUCAGAAGGAGCUGGUGUGGAUCCUCCACAAAGCUUUGGAGGCUUCUCAGCUGGAGAAGCGAACCUGUGCAGAGUUUCUGGCAGAGACAGGCGAGCAGGAGCGCCUGGAGCUACUGCGACACCGCGAGCGGCAGGCAGCCGAACUGCGAGGCCGGCUGGAGGAGGCGAAAGCGGAGGUGGAGGCCGCAAGGAAGAUUCUGACUCAGAAAGAUGCUCAGCUGGCCGAGCUGCAGGAGAACAUCAGGAUGCUGACGGAGAAGAACAACGCCAAGCAGGAGGUGAUCAUAAAGCUGUCUGAUCAGGUGACCACCUGUAUGUCCGACCCAUGUCGAUCCGUCUCGUCGUCUGGCAGCAGUUUGGACUCUCAGACCUUCAGACAGCUUCAGCAGGAGAUCGAGAACCUGAAGGACGACAUCGAGGCAUAUAAGACCCAGAACAAGUUCCUGAACUCUGAGAUCUACCAGUUGACCAAACUCUGGAGGAACAGCUCUGAGCAGGAGAAGAGUCUGAUGGUGAAGUGUGCCUACCUGGAGGCCAGUAACUGUCAGGCAGAGAGCCGUUACCUGGGUGUCCUGCGGCAGCUGCAGGAGACCAAAUCUCUGGAUCCGGUCCAGCGCGAUGUCGUCCAGAAGAUGAUCGGAGACGCUCUGAAAGGAGAGCUGAAGAGCGUCCUCAAGCUCAACGUGGCCAGGGAUCACGAUGAGUACGGCUUUAAAAUCAUCCCGGACUACGAGGUGGAGGACAUGAAGCUCCUGGCAAAGAUUCAGGCGCUGGAGAUCCGAUCCCACAACCUGCUGCACCAGGAGGGUGUAGAGCGCCCCCUGUUGAGUCGCUGGGCUCAGUAUCUCGCCGGCAGGUCGCAUGAUGACCUCUGCCCCUCGCCAGAGCUCAAAGGUCUGCUGCGAAGUGGUAUCCCUCGGGAGUACCGACAGCGGGUGUGGAGCUGGGUGGUCCAAACCAGAACCAGGACAAUCAGAGAGCAUCACCCACAGCGCUACCAGCAGCUGUGUGAGAAGAGUCGGACAUCUCCUCAUCCAGCCUCCAGACAGAUCCAGCUGGACCUCCACCGUACCCUGACAACCAAUCAGAACUUCUCCUCACCCUCUAGCCCUGCCCUCCAGCAGCUCCGCCGCAUCCUAUUGGCCUUCUCCUGGCAGAACCCUGCCAUUGGCUACUGCCAGGGACUCAACAGGGUGGCGGCCAUUGCUCUACUGGUCCUUCAGAGUGAAGAAGAUGCCUUCUGGUGUCUGGUGGCCGUGGUGGAAGCCAUCAUGCCUCGGGACUACUACACCAAGAACCUGAUAGCCUCUCAGGCGGACCAGCGGGUGCUGAAGGACUUCCUAGCAGAGAAGCUUCCCCGGCUGGCGGCUCACUUUGAGGAUCACAGCAUCGACGUGUCUCUGAUCACGUUCAACUGGUUCCUGGUGGUUUUUGUGGAGAGUCUGCCCAGCGACAUCCUGCUGCCGCUGUGGGACGCCUUCCUAUACGAGGGCACCAAGGUGAUCUUCAGGUACGCUCUGGCUCUCUUCAAAUACAAAGAGGAUGACAUUCUGAAGAUCCACGACAGCGUGGAGAUCUACCAGUACCUGCGCUUCUUCACCAAGACCAUCUCUGACGGCAGGAAGCUGACCAGCAUCGCCUUCAGCGACAUGAACCCUUUCCCCGGCCGGCUUCUGAGGAACCGGCGAGCACUUCACCUGGAACGCCUGCAGGGGGAGCUGCGAGAGCUGGAGGAGCAGCAGAGGGAGUUCGUAACGGAGAGCGCCGAACGUAAAGACAAAGAGCUUGACACCAACGUCAGCGAGGACGACGAGGAACUCUGAACUCACGCCAGUCGGCUGCUUCUUACCUCAUGAGCGUCUUGUUGCACACAAUCGACCCUGAACUCGUCACACUGCGGUCACACUGCAGAUUAUUCUCUACUCACAUAAAACCCAGACCACAAAUCUGAUCUCAACCCGCCUUUGUGCUCUGGCUUUGAACGGGGUUCCCAGGCGUCCUGGAAAACCUUGAAAUGUAUCCAAAAGCACUGUAAAAACCAGAUAAGUUCAUUUAACUCAAACUAUUGUUGUAACUGAUUUGUAAGACUUUGUUACUCAAAAUCUUCAAUGUAAUCCGUUUCAACCUAUUGAUUGUGAGCCGGUUAUUCUAGAAAAACUCCUGGAAAAUGUCCUGGAAAACGAUUUCUUACAGCGAGUGGGAACCCAGUUUGAAGCAAAUUUGAGGUAGUGGCCAACCUGUGUAACUACACACAGAGUAAUGAGUUCACAUUGUAAACAUUGUGUUCAUUUGAACCUUGAUGAAAUGAUUCGUUUCACUGUCAGAAUUUGAGCCAUUCGGUCCGAUAACAUUUAUAAAGUCUAGAAUAGACACACGAUUAAAUCUUUUUAUCCACAUUCAAGUUAGCAGCGGGCUAAACAGGAAGUUCAGAAGUUAUCAGAAUUCAUCAGCGUAAUUUCUUGACAGCAGGACAGUGUUAAGAGUUAUGUGCCCUCAUUAAAGCAAUAUUUAUUCUCUUUAACAUUAUCUUAACCACAAAAUCAUUUAUUUUUGAAUUAAUAAAGUAAAGUUUUAUUUCUCACAGAGCACUACGUACGGUUGGUACCGAGCAGGAAGAGUUCUUACAUUACUGAAAGAUUACUUAACUAUAAGUAAAAUUACUCGUGUUAAAAGAAACUACUCAGAGUUUGAGUUCAUGUUUAAUGUACUGCAGACGUCACUACUCACAGUAACUUCUGGGUCACAACGAAAUCCACAUCCAACUGAGAAAACACGUAUUUUAAGUCCCGAUUUCCAUUUUUAGGCAAAUUUAAAAAAUCAGAUAACGGGUUAGUUUUUUCCAUUUUUUAUUUUCCAUUUUAUGUUCCUGUAUUUCAAAACUCAACUCUAUUGACGGAGAGUUUACUGACCAUAAAGCAACAAUUUAGUGAGCGAGUGACUCGUUAAAUGCAAUUCAGUUUUGAACAGUCAAUAAGCUAACAAGCUAACAAAUGAAUGAAUUGUAUUUAUGAGCAAAGUGGUAUCAUCAGCGUAAAAACAAAGUUUUUAAACUAACGGCUGAAAUAUGAACUGAUAAAGAGUUAAAAUGCAGGUGAAAUUUAACAGUUUUUUACUUUGCACUACUGGUUAAUGUUUGUUGUUUAAAUCUGUCUUUUUCUAUUAUUAUUGCACAUAAAUGUUAAGAAUUUAAAGUGUUGGAUAGGAUUUCUUUUGGAUUAUUUGUCAGCAAAAUUGUCAGCUAUAAGCAUUAUAAGUAGUCAAAAUAUAUUGAUGUUGUAAGACUUUUACGUGUUAUGUAGAACAACGACAAUAAAAUUGAGUUGAACUUGUAA